GCAGCCGGGAAGUGAUUUUAGAGGGAUCAGCGUCAAAGUAAAUCAAUGGAACGUUCAACACGUAGCUUGGUUCCGUGCUGACCCUUGCUUCCCUGCCACAGGAGAGAAGUGGGAGUGGAUGAGAGUGAAUGUGACAAAGUACCAACAGAAGGCGAAUCAUGGUUUAAAAUACUGCUUCAUUCGCUUUCAUCUUCUUACCGCUUAUUGCCAAAAGAUAUGUGAUCGUUAUGUCUUAUGUGAGUCGUACCUUGGAAGUCUGAGUGUUGUUGUUCGUGGGCCCCCGAUUUGGAGAUUGAACAAUCCAGGAAUAACAUGUCUUGCAAGUGUGAGAGUGAGUCAGCCGCCCACUACUGCGAACAUCUGCGAGAAGCCUUCAAGUCGUUAUAUCAGCACUGCAAAGCCUCCAUUCAGGCCACCUUCAAGGACUCCCCCAUCUACAACCACCACCACAACCACGACUACAACAACCACAACCACGACUUCCACCACCCCAACCACUACGGAAACGACAUCAACAACCACAACCAUAGAUCCCUUCCCGUCCCCUGCAUCAUCUGCGUCUUCGUCUUCGUCGGUGGUGCUGCCAAUAGUGGUGUCGGUGGUGGCGGUGGUGAUAUUCCUGGUGAUAAUGGUGGUGGUGGUGGUCUGCCGCAGGCGACGAAGACGCAGAUCAGCGGCAUCACUGCCCCGCGUCGGCGCCGAGGUAGACGUCGACGACAACUACGUGGACGUGGCGCCGCCCACGGGCCCCACCGUGCUCCCGCGCGUGGCGCCGCGGCUUGGGCUGGCUGCCUCCUGGCGUGUCGGUGGCGAGGUACAGGUCGACGACAACCACAAGAAGCCGCCCACGGGCCCCACCGUGCUCUCGCGCGUGGCGCCGCGGCAGCAGGAGCCCGAAUACCUGUACUUCGGCGACGACGAGGAGCACAUCUACGACGAGUUCCCGGAGUUCAAAAAGCCUCCACUCCACGACAAUGUCGCCGAGAAGCCACAAUGCCAGGUAGACGAAGAUUCAGACUCCGAUGA